AUGUCCGCACCUGUUAAUUCCCGCGAGCUGCGAAAUGCGAAGAAAAAAGCUAUAGAAAAUGCUGUUUGGUUGCCUAAGCCAACAAAGAAAGCUCGCCAAGCACCUCAAGCACCCUCUGGUCUGGAAUGCCCAGCGAAGAAGAUCAGCAGCCUGAGUACCAACAAACAUCAGCGCUCAUUGACCAACUCGGAGGAAGAGGAGGAGGAUGGGGGUCACUUCAAGUCUAGUGGCAGUGAGACGGACUUGGAACCUGUAAAAUCAAAGCCUCGAGGCUUGUAUCGACCUAACAAACUCCGUCGCACAUAUGCCAUGCAAGAUGUCUCCGUAUUAGUUGAUACUGACGAGCUCGACUCCGAUGGUGAUCAAGUGGACCAUCCUGUCAUGGCGAAUGGUGGUGAUACGGAUGAGGAGAGUGAGCACGAUGAACCAGAGACUACCGCCAUGAUGCUUGCUGAUGAGAUCCCUUCGCUAGUCACUGACAGCAUGAAGCCCAAGCGGGUUGUUCAAACGCACGGCAAAUCACAGUCUGCCCGGGAUCAAAAACACGCUGCGGAGAUUCCUACCUGGCGCGAUGUCGACAAUGCUGUUUCAGAGUCCGAGGAAACUACUACUGCGGGCAGCGAACCCUCGGAACCUUACUCCAGUGAAUUCGAUGGUCCCAAAAAACUGACCUCUGCAACUCAUUCAGCUCAGACAAUGGCUGCUCUCAUUCGAACAGAGAAGGGGAACAUUAAAUUACUCAACCAGAACCACCAGACUCAGCGAGUAGUCCGGAAUGCGAUUCUUGACGCCAAGUGUCACGUUAUCUUUGUCAACGCUUACCCAGAACUUGUCGACAAAAACCAGAUCUCGCUACAAUCUUUACUAACUGUGGCCCAGAAUCUUGAUGUACCCGCCAUCAAACAACAUCUUCAGACAGAUGCACAGUAUGCCGCUCACCUCAGUAGCUUAGUUGAGCCGCGCAUUCCGUUAUUGCGCCGUGACUUGAAAAUCACUGCAUGUGCCAAUAUUGAUGGCUACUUUCGUCUCGGCCAGAACAUAGUCAAGGCCAGAAAGCUUAUGGAGCAGCAUGCAUAUGUGUAUGCUUUGAAGUUCGAUACCGAUGAUGAUGCUUCGCCCAUCAGAAAAAAACCCUACCAGGGUGACCUACUCAUUUUUCUACUAUAUGACGGAGUCUUUGAUGGUGCGAAGUCCAUCGGCGUCAAGUAUGCGGGGCGCUUUGGUGAAAUAGCGAGUAACAAGGGUAAUCGCCCCAAAAUACCAAUUCCUUUGUUGGCACUCGUGGCGACAGCAGUCUAUGCAGCCCUUUUCUGGAAGACGCUUGGUUCCCCAGGGAAAUUCAACUUUACAGGUAAUCAAUUCAGUGAAACUUAUGUUUUUCACGUCAAGUUCCUCGAGAAGUUGAAGAAGGACGCUCCUGCGAAGUUUCACUGCAUGAUGGCUGAUAUUUACGAAGCCAUACAGGCCUUGAAACGCAAGGGCAACGAUCAUCUGGCCAGUGAACAUCAAGAUGCGCUCGCGCUACUCGACCUCGAUGGGAUGGCUGAAGAUUAUCUUUUUUCUGGUAACAUUGUCCGAUUGUAUCUGUACAAGUCUAAAAUUUGGCAAGCCGCAGGCUCAGCGAAUCUAUCCAAGGGACUCUCCUAA